GACGACCACAACCGAAGGUUACCUGGUGGCAUGAAAACACUCUACUUGAUGACACUUCACACCCAUUGUCAGAUCGGCGAGUUGCCAAUGUGCUGUCACUGGGAAAGCUAAAAAGGAAAAAUCUCAACAUGCAACUGACAUGCCAGGCAUCGAACAAUAAUUUAACAACGCCAAUUAGUAGCACUGUCACUCUUGAUAUGAAUUUACGUCCACUUGUUGUAAAGCUACAGGGAGAAAAUCGACCCCUUUCAGCUGAUAACAUUUAUCAGUUGAGUUGCGUUGUCGUCGGAUCACGCCCAGCUCCAACAAUAACCUGGUGGAAAGGAAGUACACCGAUGAAGAAUACCCAUGAAAUUUCGAAUCCUGACGGAAAUAUGACAACGUCAAUAUUGACUUUCACGCCAACAAUCGACGAUAGAGGAAAGUUUCUCUCGUGUCGUGCGGAGCAAUCGAUGAUACCUGAAUCGGGAAUGGAAGAUGGAUGGAAAUUGGAUAUAUAUC